AUGCCAAACUUAUUUACGAAUUUCUUCCUGUGGUUCAGCGGCCUCUUCUUCUCCAAAGCGGCAGAGAUAGCCGUAGUCGGGUUGCAGGCAUCUGGCAAGACCUCUUUUCUCAAUGUGAUAACCUCAGGCCAGUGGAGCGAGGACGUGGUACCGACGGUGGCAUUCAACUUUAGGAAAGUUAGGAAAGGGAAUGUUACGAUGAAGAUAUGGGAUGUCGCUGGACAACCCAAGUUUCGUACUAUGUGGGAGCGAUACUGCAACGGCGUCGAUGCAAUCCUGUUCGUUGUAGACUCAGCAGACACGGAGAAAUUCAACACGGCUAGAUUCGAACUCCAUCAACUCCUAGGGCAUCCAUCCUUGAGUGGGGUGCCCCUGCUCGUCCUCGGAAACAAGAACGACUUGGAAGGACAUGCCCCCGUCAAAGAUUUGAUAAAACAGCUGCAACUAGACAAAAUCACUGACAGGCCCGUUUCGUGCUCUAUGAAGAGUCAGCAUAACCUUGAUAUCGUCCUUCAAUGGCUUGCCGGGCGAAGUCAUUGA